UCAGUUUGCCGGAGAAGCGUGUUGUGUUCACAUCGUACUCGGAUUUUCAGAGUUCUCGGCUGAAGAGAAUUUCCAGCGGCAAUCUUUCUUGUAUUUAAUUUACCUCAGCGGGUCUUUGUUUACCAAGAAUGAUAAACAGCAAGAUAAGAGAUGACAAGUUGGAAACACUUGUAUCGCGGAGCGCUAUUCCGAUCAUCGAUCUCGCCCACUGCGGCAAGUCGCUCGUCAACAGGGUUGGUCAGCAACUUCAAAAGGCCUUUACCGAAAAGGGAAUAGCAUUUCUGGUUAAUCAUGGGUUAGCUGAAGACAAGAUAAAAGCCGUAUGGGAUCAGUUCGACAACUUCUUGGAUCUGCCGGCAGAGGUUCAGGAUCGCUACCGCCGAAAGGAUGGCGUGAACUACGGAUAUGUCAGUCCUGGAAUGGAGCGAUUCGAUGGAAGCACUCUCGAACUUCGACACGCCUACAAUAUCUGCAAGCUGGACGAUAAGAAUCUUCCGAGGGAUCCCCUUCCGGAAUUCGCUGAUGAUAUUACGACUUUGUGCGAGGAUUUGAAAACCAUGUCCGCGUUUAUAUUGAAAGCCAUGGAGGUGGCUCUGGAGAUUCCCCCAACCUUGAUGGAAAAACACUCCGAAAUGCUGGAGGGCGAUAACGUUAAUAUGAGCACUCUGAGGAUGCUCUACUAUCCCGCAGUUGUGGACGAUGAACCCGGUCAGAGUGAGGGAGCCAUUCGGUGUGGCGCCCAUGUGGACUACGGCACCUUCACCCUUCUCGCCCAAGAUUCCGAAGGCGGAUUGGAGGUGCAACUCCCCGGCAGCGAGAAGUGGGAACGAGUGGGCCAUCUACCUGGAGCCAUUCUCAUAAACGGCGGGGAACUCCUCUCCAUUUGGACGAGACAGCGAUACCACGCCUUGCCUCAUCGCGUUGUUAUACCUGAACAGGAUCAUAUACGAACCCGCGGCCGGCAUUCCAUUGCUUUUUUCUGCCAUCCCAACAACUCAACACCGAUUUCUCCGAACGAUCUCUUGGGUGAUGAGGGAACACCAAGUGAUGACAAAGUGUACAGCGCCUAUGAACUAAUACAGAAAAAGUUUAAUGACACCUACGGUCAGCGAUCUCAAUAAAUAAACGAAUCUGGGGCAUGAGUUCAUCACAGCUGUAGCCACAAGAACAUAACGAUCAAUUGUAAAGAAGUGUUGCCUAUUUAAUAAAAAACCAAUUAAGAAUUGUGUAGUUUAAA